AUGUCCCACGCUCGCAGAAGCUUUAGCCAGGCGGAAAUUGACGCUGAAAAUGCGGACCCGGUCGUAGUUUACCACGCGGCUGAUGAAGAGGGGAUCGAUAAGGUGGAAGAGUCUCCUUCGAGUUUAGAUGAUGAGGCUGAGGAUGCUAACGAAGAAGAGUUAAUCCAGCAAUAUAAUGCUGGGAAUGCUGUUGAUGAAGAGAAUACCCCAAUUAGAACGCAGUCGAGACUUCAAAGAAUCCAGACGCAGUUAUCAUUCUUCAGCUCCAAAUUGCAAGGUGAGAGAACUAAACUUGCCUUGGAUUUUGGUAAAAUCUAUUUGAUUAUGGGAUUUUUCGUCUUGACCAUUUUCUCUAUCUAUUGGGGGUCAUGUUACAAGCGUGACUUGAGAUUCAGAAACUUGGAAUUCUUAGUCGUUAUUGACGAAGAUACUGGGUUGUCAGGUUAUGAUACUGUUGGUGAUGCCUUAAUUAAAACACUUCAAACUCCAGAAGCCGAAUUUUAUGGUAAAUGGAAUGUUUUUAACUACACUACAUUCCUCGAGAAGGCACAAAAGCACAACAACACUAUAAGGGAUGAAGUUAUCAGAGAAGUUCACCAUCAAAAGUAUUGGGCUGCGAUUCACGUUAAUGCUAAUGCUACCGGAAACUUGUUAGAAGCUUUAAGAACUGCAAAUGGCUCAUAUACCUCCACUAACAACACCAUUACUGCUAUCUACGAAACUGGUCGUGAUAUGGUUGCUAUGCCAGCAUAUGUGGUACCAGGUUUGUAUAUUGCAGAAGAUUUAUGGUUGAGUGACCUGAAAAAUGUUACCACUAACUUGGCAAACUCCUUAUCGGAUUCAGAGAGAUCUGCUCUUUUCGACUCAAGUGAUGCACUCAAUUUAUUGACUAAUCCUUUGAGUUUCGAGUAUAUUGAUAGGAUUCCAGUCACAGACUUGGUUCUUAUUGCACCAAGUCAAGUUGGUUUGAUUUAUAUGAUUAUCUUGACCUUUUUCAAUGUCAAUUUCUUCCUGGAAAUCCACCAAAGAGUUAAGAUGUAUGGUAUCAAGAACCACCAUUACUUACUUUAUAGAUUAUUAGCCUCAAUGACCUCCUACUUGUGGCUAAGCUUGAUGUACUCGUUUGUCACGUUGGGUAUGCAAGUGGAUUUCACUGUUGCUUUUGGUAAAUCGGGCUUCCUUGUUUACUGGAUGACUUCGUGGUUAACUAUGUGGGUCGUCGGUUCUGUUAAUGAAAUUGUUGCUAUGUGGUGCAUAUUGUUCUAUCCACCAUUGAUGGGUUUCUGGUUAUUAUUCUGGGUUAUUGUAAACAUUGCUCCAACUUUUGCACCAUUGGCCCUUUCUCCAAAGGUCUUUAGAUAUGGGUAUGGUUUACCAUUGCAUAACUCCUAUGAAAUAACCAAGGUUAUUUUUUGCAACACUUACAAAGGACAGUUAGGAAGAAAUUACGGAAUUCUUUUCGCCUGGGCUAUUUUGGGCAUAUUUGUCUUUUUAGGUACGAUUGUCGUCUUCGGUAAGACUAUGGGUAAGAGAAAGGCAGCAGCAGCCGCCAAAGAAGCUGCUGCAAAGAAUGAAAAGCAUUAA